GUUUUUUGUGUCAGUCACAAAGUUCAAUAUUUAUGUUGUCUGUGUAGCAUGCAUGCAUAUGUAUGGUGGUCCGCAUAAAGUGCUGUGUCACACCAUGGUCACACACGCAUGUGUUCCGAGGCUGAUGAGUACCUUUAGUUUACCCUAUUUUACGUGCAUGGGACCUACGGCUCGUUUUGACAAGUGCCACGACGGGGACUCGAACCCACAGUCUCACAUGCAUACCAUCAUGCCCAUGUCUCCUCUGAUGGUCAGAACACUUGAUUUUCACUGAAAAGGUGAACGCCUUUCAACAUGUUCAAGGACUAGUGAAGUUGAGCGGGCUUUCAUUCAGAUCCAGACAUUAAUCCAGGGAAGCACUAGGCAUAAACCAUUGCCAUGGAAACCAUUACAAAUGGUGUGAUAAAUGGGAAGGAGAGUCACUCUAUGAGCGACCGGGAGUUCUUCCAGAAGAUGUAUGAGCUGAUUUUUAAGGAAGCAAUCGAGAAGACGACAGCUGGAAAAUGCAAAGUGUCCAACUUCGUCCACCCGCAAGAGCUGAAAGAAAAAUUAGAUCUCGCAAUAAAAGAUGAAGCGAUGCCACCUGAGAAAAUCUUGAAACUUUGCCAACAGACAUUUGAUUACAGUGUGAAACCAGGUCAUCCUCGCUUCUUCAAUCAACUCUUCGCUGGUCAAGACUUGUAUGGUCUCGCUGGGCAAUGGAUGUCUGAUGCUAUCAACCCAAGCCAGUAUACAUACGAAGUCUCGCCUGUCUUCACUCUGAUGGAACUUGAAGUUAUGAAGAAACUUAGAGAAUUGUGCGGAUAUAAAUCGGGUGAUGGAAUCUUCUGUCCAGGUGGUUCAAUUGCCAACAUGUACGCCAUGAACAUUGCCAGAUACAAGCACUGUCCUCAGAUUAAACAGCAAGGAUUGUAUGGUCAAGCAAGACUCGUUCUCUUUACAUCGGAACAUAGUCAUUACUCAAUCAAGAAAGGAGCAGCAUUUCUUGGUCUUGGAACGGACAACAUCGUCUUUGUGAAAUCUGACGAGAUCGGGAGGAUGAUGCCAGAUCAUCUUGAGAAAGCCAUCAUUGAAACCAAGCACAAUGGUGGAGAGCCGUUUUUUGUUGUAGCAACAUCAGGGACGACUGUUCUAGGAGCCUAUGACCGUCUUGAUGCUAUUGCAGAUAUCUGUGAGGCUCAUGGGAUCUGGAUGCAUGUGGAUGCUGCUUGGGGUGGAAGUGUCCUCUUCUCUGCCAAGUAUCGUCAUCUGAUGCAGGGUGUUGAGAGAACAAACUCAGUCACAUGGUGUCAGCAUAAGAUGAUGGGUGUUCCUUUACAAUGCUCUGCCUUCUUGGUGCGGGAAGAGAAUUCUAAGGAUGGAAUGCCGUAUGAGAGCGUAAUGCAUAACGGCCACUGUGCAGCAGCUUCCUACCUCUUUCAGAAGGAUAAAUUUUAUGACAUGUCCUUCGACACGGGAGACAAGUCUAUCCAGUGUAGUCGAAAGGUCGACGCCCUCAAACUCUGGAUCAUGUGGAAAGCUAAGGGAAACCGCGGAUUUGAGGCAGAAAUCAACCAAAAGUUUGAAAACUCAAGGCACAUGGCGGACUUGAUACAAAAACGAGACAACUUCAGGCUUCUAAUGGAGCCACAAUGCACCAAUGUUACAUUCUGGUAUGUACCGCCAAGCCUGCAAUCCAUCCCUGAAGGACCCGAGUACUGGGAGAAACUUGCCAAGGUGGCGCCCAUUAUCAAGGAACGUAUGAUGAAGAAUGGGACCAUGAUGAUUGGUUACCAGCCGUUAGGGGAUCAUGUGAACUUUAUCCGUAUGGUGUACGCCAAUCAUGCGACGACCACACAAGAUGUGGAUUGGAUUGUUGAUGAGAUAGAGAGGCUUGGUCAUGAUAUCGUUAUUGCAGAUUGAGAAGUGCUUCUUCUUGUUGCCAAAGUGACAACAAAAUCAGCCAUUUUUAUUAUUAUUUUUUUAUUUAUGAAUUGAAUGCCAUCUAAUUAAGCUGUGUAUAUUGCUUAUCAACAUUUUUUCAGAGGUAAAUUGCUUAUACGGCUAUGGAAAGGAGAAAUAAAACUGUUUUAAUUUAAGUCUAAAGCUUACUGAUUAUGUAGUUCAAAUUGGUUCUAAUUGGUUCUAGGUACUGGGUGGCAAACCUUCUACAGUGUUUCUAUAAAUGCAAAAGUGUUUCCAAGUCCAAAAUAUCAUUUUUCAGUAUUCUUUCAUUAAUUGUUGGUGUGGGUCUGUUCUGUAUCAAUUAUAUGUGACCCCCACUGAUCUUAAACAGUUGUUUAAGCCUCUUCGUCACUCUUGUAUUCUUUUAAUUGUGCUGUUUUUAGAUUGGUGUAUUAUAAUGUAACAAAAUGUUAAAAUUUAAAACAAUUCAAAUUGUAAAACUAAAUUGGGUGUACAAAAACUAUUUUUGUACAUAAUAGAGUUUUAUUUUGAAGGCACCACCUCUUGUAAAUGUGGGAGUAAGAGUUGAUUAAAGUCUGAUACAAUUACUUGCUUAGUCACAACCUGCUGCUUAAGUUUGAAUUCCUCAAACUAUAGAGACAGUUUCUAUGUCAAAUGGUUCGGAGCAAGCUUUUGUAUAGCAACCUCCAGAUGAGCAGACCCUGGUAGCAUUGUGAAAUACAUUCAUUCAGAAUUGUGUAUGAGUGUUCACCAUCUCUUACGUAACUUCGCAGAAGAUUGCCCCAAAUCAUGCGACAUAGCAACUGUCCUGAUAGUCUGAGGUAUUCAUUCAGAAUUGUGUAUGAGUGUUCACCAUCUCUUACGUAACUUCGCAGAAGAUUGCCCCAAAUCAUGCGACAUAGCAACUGUCCUGAUAGUCUGAGGUAUUCGCUACAAGUGAUCGAGCUCAUGAUUGUACCAAACUUAGUCAAAAAUGGCUUAUUGGCUGCAAUGUGUAUUUUCAAUCUAGUUCUUUUUGAGGUAGGGUCAUUGUUUAAUUGUUGUCAGCGUCAAGCGGAUUUAUUGGCCAAACCAUCAAGACACAUGCAAUAAGCCUUUUUGAGGUAUGGCGGACGUGAUGAGUGUACUGUUUGGUUUGGGUGUAUACCCACAAAUUUACCCAAACCUUAUAGUGUUGUAACACUGUGUCCGCCAUAUCUCAAAAAGGCUUAUAGAAGUCACCUGUAGUAGUUUAAGCUGAAUACAGUGUCUACUUGUUGAGAAAACAGCAUUUUUAUAAAGUGUAUUUCAGGCAUGGUAUUUAGUUCUUGGAAAGAAGUAGGACAUUUUGAGAUGUAAAGGAAUGACCUACACAUGUUGGAGGCUUUAAUAGACUUUUCAGGCUAUUUAAUCACAAAUUUUCUGAUUUUUUCCAUCAAAAAAAAAAUAUCAGAAAUUAUACUCAGGUUGGAAGAUAUCAUGCCUGGUAGUUAGAGAAAGUUUCAGACAAUUUAAAACAACUUAAUAACAGUGCCACGCCUAGGGUGAGUGUUCUGAUCUUUGUGAUCAGAGUGAGAGUUCAAAUUCUGUUCAAGACACUUGCAUCAUUAAGCAAGA